GCCUAGCGACUGACAACAGGCCGGUUGCUCCAAGUAGAAACUGUGAAGUGGCCUACCCUGAGAUUGGAGUGAGACUCCAGCCUUAGGCUGGGGUUCUUUCCAUACAGAGGAGACGGAUUCAGAGGGGCUACAGACCAAGAUUGUUGAAAACCAGACAUAUGAUGAGCGUCUAGAGAUUAACGACUCUGAGGAGGCUGCAAGUAUUUAUACUCCAACCUCAAGACACGAAGGACUUUCUCAUUCUGCCCAUAUCCCUAACAAGACUAUGGCUGAUAACAGCAGUGAUGAGUAUGAAGAGGAAAAUAACAAGGUCCUAAGUGAGGGCAUGCCACAGGCUCCAGGCCACAGAGGCAAAGACAUGGACCCCGUCCCAACUGCCCCUGCAAACCCCAAGCAUCACCAGACCUCUUCUCAUGGACUUGAGAGGGUGGGUUGGUACCUAGAGAACCAGAAGCUCAGAAAGGAGAAGAAGAAGACCUCGAAGCUGACACCUCAGCGGGGCUUUAGUGAAAAUGACGAUGAUGAUGAUGACUCAUCUGAAACUGAUUCUGAUGAAGAUGAUGAUGAUGAAGAGCACGGGGCCCCUCUGGAAGGGGCCUAUGAUCCUGCAGAUUAUGAGCAUUUGCCAGUUUCUGCUGAGAUUAAGGAACUCUUCCAAUAUAUCAGUAGGUACACACCUCAGUUGAUUGACCUGGACCACAAACUGAAACCUUUCAUUCCUGAUUUUAUCCCAGCUGUUGGGGAUAUUGAUGCAUUCUUAAAGGUCCCACGUCCUGACGGAAAGCCUGACAACCUUGGCCUGUUGGUGUUGGACGAGCCUUCUACAAAACAGUCGGACCCUACAGUGCUCUCCCUCUGGUUAACAGAGAAUUCCAAACAGCACAACCUCACUCAACAUAUGAAAGUAAAGAGCCUGGAAGAUGCAGAAAAGAAUCCCAAAGCCAUUGACACAUGGAUUGAGAGCAUCUCUGAGUUACAUCGUUCUAAGCCCCCUGCAACUGUGCACUAUACCAGGCCCAUGCCUGAUAUUGACACGCUGAUGCAGGAAUGGUCCCCAGAGUUUGAAGAACUUUUGGGCAAGGUGAGCCUGCCCACGGCAGAGAUUGACUGCAGUCUGGCAGAGUACAUUGACAUGAUCUGUGGUGAGCUCUUCUGUCCCUUCCACGUUCCUGUUUCUGGCCAUCCUAGACAUCCCCAUCUACAAGAGCCGGAUUCAGUCCCUCCACCUACUCUUCUCCCUCUACUCGGAAUUCAAGAACUCACAGCAUUUUAAAGCUCUCGCUGAAGGCAAGAAAGCGUUCACUCCUCCAUCCAACGCCACCUCCCAAGCUGGAGACGCAGAGACAUUAGCCUUCAGCUGAGACACCUCCCAGGUCCUUCUGUUUCAAGGAUGAGCUGGCUCCUCUACCCCAGCUAAGGAGAGGUUGUUGUCAGCCACCUGGUGUCCUCGCCAGUGUCACAGCUUGUCUCGGACAGUCCUACCGCGCUGUCAGAAAGCACCCCACAUGUUCGCUAAAUGGCUUCUGCCUCAGAUUUUCUUCCCAGGGGGAUUACGCAUCUCCACUGCUAUGGGGUUUUGAGUUAGAAGAAUUGGAAUUUCCAGGAUCCCAGGAUGCUCGAGUUGGGAGGAAAGCUUAAAGGAUGUUCUUUUUGAGAUAGUGACGGAAUUAUUUUCUUUCAUUCUUAAAGUUAGUUGGCAAAGAUUUUACAAAUAAAAUGCUCUAUCUUUCAGGUUA